GGUCUUUCUCAGUAAUUCCCUCAAACCGCGUCUCCAUGCCAGACCAAAAUCAAUCACAAUACGCAGCGGCAGCGCACGUUCCACUCAUAAAGUCACCAGGUCUUCGAGUUCCUCCACCUGUACAUCUACCACCAGACAUCCACCCUCUCCCGGAUAGCGUCCUUCCAUACUUCGUCUAUCCAUACACACUAGAACCUCACAUCCUCACGGUCGAGUCUUCUCGGCGCAUGACACUCGCGGCACAUACUGCGAGAAGGGAGGCAUAUCUUCAAGCUAGAGAGGAUGAGCGUGAAUGGCGGAGAAAGGAGGCACUCAGGCGUGUCGCACCGGGUUUUGAUCCUGCGGCGACCCUUGUGCCUGUUCGUGCUGAAACUGGUGAGGUUAAGACGGAUGUGAUGGAUCAGCUUGUGGACCAGCUUGCUAGGAUGGAGAAUGACAGUUGAGGUGCUGGGCAUAUUAACUCUUUCGUUGGAAAGGACACUUUGACUCAGGUCACCGUGCUUUGUGAUUCAAACACUCUUUAAGGUCUUGUAAUCUAUUUUUUUUUUCUAAUUUCAUUCGAGUAUUGGAUGCGACCA